AUGCUCCCCACUACGCCUGACCUCCUGCAGCUACCGAGAAACAUGUGCCUCAAUGCCAAGGUCACCCACCCAUCUGUGUUUGAGGCCCUGUGGGGAAAAGCACUGCCAGCCUUGGCAGGUGCAGGGUACUGGCUGCAUCUGUUCUUGGCAGCGGACAGAAGAUCCAUCCCUGCCAAGAAAAGACCCUUCUCUGAUCUUAAGAAAACAGGAACUGAAGAUCUGAACGGAGAUCUGAGGGGCCGGCUAGCUGGGGAAGCUGUCACUCGCUGCCCUACCUGCAACCCCAACCUACAGAAUGCAUAUGACUUUGCAAUUUGCCUGCACUCUCUUGGUUCAUCCAAACCACCGGCCAAGGUCAUCGGCUCCAUUUAG